AGACUCGUCUUUGCAAUUAUAAUCAAUAUAUAUAUAUGUAUAUAUGAAAUUAUGAAUGCAUAGUUACGUGUGUAUGCAUCUCUAUUUCUAGUCUUCUACGCCCCGGAAUCAUCAAGGUUUGGUUGGACGUGAAGCUUUCUGGGCCGGGUUUCCUGUUCUCUGUGAUUUUUUUUUUGGGAAAAAAUUUCGAAUACCCAUCUCGCGAUUGUGCCUAAUUUUGCGCUCUCUUAACUGUAGAAUUUCGGGUGUGCGUCUGUUGUUACGGUUAGCCUGCUUGAAUUUUGAUUUUUUGGGUUAUUUGUAUAGGUUCUCCUCUUUUGUUGACUUGUCUGCUUCUAUAUGUGUAUGUGUUUGUAUGGUUGUCGCUGAAAUUAGUAUACGUGGAGUGCAUUUUGAAGCUUGAGCGUGCAUAAAAGAGGGAGUGUAGAAACUCGAUUAUUGGUAAUUUAGAUUCAUUUGUGAUUGCUAGGGAUAUUUGGCAGACUCGUAAGAUUGGAUGGACGAGGGUGGUGAAAAAGGAUCUCUGUGGGUGAUUUGAACAAUUCUCCUGCAGCUUUACUGAGUUUCUUUUAGCUGGGCUGCUAUGGGUUAAGUGUCUUGGAAGGUGUUGGGAGAACCCCUAAGGCUUCAAUUUUAGGUCUUUUACUGCUGGAAUUGCUUUAAUUUCACUAUAUAGUGUAAAGGUUUAAUUAGUGUCCAGUUACCGCAGGCGCUUAUUGAUGUUAUGGAAACUUUGAGAUGCUUCUGCAUAAUUCGUCGCCCCUCUCUCUCUCUCUGGGUAAUUGUAUGGCAUAUGAUGUUGGACAACGAGACACCAACAUAUGUAAAAUGUGAGCGCAGUCAAGAGCAGGGUGUUAAUGGUGGAUGUUUGGUUGUAUAAAAAAAUGUAAAUUAGAAAUGAGGUUAUUUGUAAUAAGACCAAAGUGGCACUUAUUGAAGAUAAGGUAUGCAAUAUGCAAUCAAAAUGGUUUGCUCAUGUGAGAAAAAAAGGCACAACUAAUGUUUUUUUUGAGAAGAGUGGAUGGAAUGGAAGAAGAUUGUGAUAAGAGAGGUAGAGGAAAAUCUAGAAAAACUAUGUGAGAACUUUUAGGCAUGAUAUGGAAUGUAAUAGCCUUACAAGAAAUAUGGCCAUAAAAAAGAUAACUGAUGAGCUAGAAUCCAUGUAGCUGACCUCACCUAGUGGGAUUAAGGCUUGGUGUGUUGUUGAUGUUGUUUGGUGGGUAAUUGAUUGGACGAAUCAAUAAAAUACUGUGCUUAGUCUUGCAUUAGAAUCAUCAGGUGUGGAUUAAGGCCUCUAGUAAUACUGCCUCUGUGUUGCUUCCCUAAGUUGGCCUUAUCUUCUGCCUAUAUCUGGAAGACAAUAAUGCCUAGUAGCAGUCAUUUGCAUGGUGUUUUAUGCUAGUUCAGAGCCAUGCAAAUUUUGAAUCAAGGUUUUAUUUAUAUGGAGCUUGGAGUCAUAUGUAAAAGUAGGAGCAAUGGUUUGAUUUACCUUCCACAUGAUGUUACUUUCUGGUUUUUGGUUUCAAGUAUUGUUGCAUGUGCUAGGCUGAUAUCAACUGACCAAUCUGUGCUGGCUUGUUAAAACAGAAGGGAACGAUGAAAGCACACCCGGUUUUAUCUAUUCAGAGAUCAAGUGAAAGACAACUCAGCAAUCAUGGUGCUUCUGGAGCUCUUUCAUCAUCUUUACCUGUUCUUUCGUCCACCUUGGAGGAGAAAUAUUCCAUGUUGCCCAACUGUCAACAGCUUCUAAUGGAGAGGGAACUUGUUAACACAAAUUCUCUGGCUCUUCAUGCUUCUUUACCUUCAAACAAGGGGGUUGUUGGUCCCAUGUUAGCAUCUACAUCAGGAUUCUCCACUGAUCUCCAGUUUUCUUCUGUUGUGCCCCUUGAAAGGCACUCAAGAAAGUCUUUUUUAAUUUCUCAGUCAUCAGAUAAUGGGGCUUCAAUGCUACUAACUCAUCAUUCUAGGACACUCCAAUCUACAAUGUCCAGUAACAGUGAUUGCUGGAGUAAAGAGUCAUUACCUAACUUCUUUGAAUAUCCUGUAAAUACUCCUAGCAUGGACAUUCAAGCUGGCAGCAACAAUAAUGGAGGUUGUGUCAUGACAGAAGAGCUUUGUAAACAAAAUGACUGGCAGGUUUGGGCAGACCAGCUAAUCAAUGAUGGUGAUUCCUUGACUUCUAAUUGGAAUGAAAUUUUUGUGGACACCAACAUUGAAGAUCCAGAAUCAAAGAUGGCGUAUCAGGAAAUGAAAUCAGCUACGAAAAUCUUGACAACCCAGCCCCAAGCACUCCAGCAGAUUUCAUCUCCAUCUUUGGAGUCUUCUUCUCUUAACUUAGCAUCUUCAGCAAGUAGUGCACCAAAUAAGACACGCAUGCAUUGGACACCUGAACUUCAUGAGGCAUUUGUUGAAGCAGUCAACAAGCUUGGUGGCGGUGAAAAAGCUACUCCUAAGGGUGUAUUGAAGCUAAUGAAAGUAGAAGGUUUGACAAUUUAUCAUGUCAAAAGCCACCUGCAGAAGUACAGAACAGCGAGAUACAGACCAGAUUCCUUGGAAGGAUCUUCAGAAAAAAAGUUGACUCCAAUUAAGGAAGUGGCAUCCUUGGACUUGAAAACGGGUGUUGAGAUCACCGAAGCGUUACGCUUACAGAUGGAACUCCAGAAGUGUCUGCAUGAACAGCUAGAGAUUCAAAGAAAUCUACAGCUGCAAAUAGAAGAGCAAGGGAGAUAUCUGAAGAUGAUUUUUGAGAGGCAAAGUGGAGCAGGUGACUUGCUGAAGGCCUCAUCGCCGUCAAGCCUUGGAAGCAGCUCUGCUCAGACAACAGAUAACGUCCCUAGUUCCCCUUCUAAAAAUGAGCCUUCUUGCUCGAGGUUGGACAACGGAGAAAGUGAAAAUGCACGAGCUGAUGCCAUCACAGCAUCAGUGCAACUGCUCUCAGGUCCCACACCCAGCCCUCAAAGUGAGUGAAAGGCGACUAAUGGUGAAACGGGUAUUCUCUACGGUCUCCUCUAGUUACAGACAUGCUCUCUGUCUCUCUCUGUAACAUGCUUCCAUUCUUACAACAGAAUGUGUAUAGUUCUGCUUUAUAGGAUGAAUUUGUGCAAAAUUUUCAAGUGGAGAAUGAAUGAAGAUACUUCUUUGUUGACCAUGUAA